AGGUACAAUAAGUAGUAACACCGUCUAUCAAGCGUUUGUUUGAUCAAGACGUAAAAUUAUGAUCUUUUAACUUAUUAAUUAGUCAAUUAAUGUUUAACGUUCAAUUUUCUCAACGAUUCGAUAUUUUUCUCAGCAGUUAUGAAAUACGUAACAUAUUUGAUCAUACAAAUAUUACCUCAUUUAAUAAAUUGUGAUGCUUUGAGUGAUAAACCAGAAUAUAUGGAAGUGUUCAAAAAGCAUCAACACUGGGAAGGUUAUUAUCAGUAUAAUGGAACACAAAAUUACUGUAUGCUGUUUAUACAUUCAGAGCACUAUUUGAACAAAGAUGGCCUUCUUGUCACUUUCAAAGAUAGACUUGGGGCCACAGUUGAGAUGGAAGGUGAACAGGAUGGGAAAAGUCAGCUGGAGGUUAUAUUUACAGUCCAUGUGAUGUUUGACCAUGUGAACAGAUUUCCUGAAAACUUUACAUUCCAUAGCACCUUGUUCCAGCAAAAUGACCUUUGGAAGAUCAGGUCAAAUGUCACAGUGCCAAACAAUGGCUUGUUCGGAGAAAUUCUUCUUCAUCAAACUGACAGUACAAAAGGACCAUGGUUUGAUGAUGGGCCGGAACCAUGGCGAUAUUUUGUGAUCAUUGGGAUUCCUAUCAUUUUGGCUGUUGUAGGAGUAGCCGGCACCACUGCAUUGAUCUACUGGGGCAUAAGGAAAGGGUAUAUUAGACGUAUACCCAAAUCAUACGAUAACUUUGAAAAUCCUGUACAGUUUAAUGCAAACAGAGAGGGAGUACAUAUAUAGAUUCAGUUACAGUCAAGAUCUGUUUCUGAUAUUAGUAUUUUAAGCUUUUCAGGAAUUUCAAAGUUCCAGUUUGUGGAGUAAUUAAAUUGAUACAGAGCUGAUUGCUCUAUUUUAAAGUUUAUUUCAUUUGACAUAGAGUGUACCUGGUAGAAAAAAAAUAAUGUCAUUUUAGUCAUAAAGCUGGAUGCCUCCAGACAAGCAAAUAUUUCAGAAAAUCAACAUAGAGAAAAAUGUACCAAAAUUGAACAGUGAAAUUUUUCAAAAUUCAAGAAAUAACUAACAUGUUGUAUGCAACUUUUAAAUGACUGAUUUUGCAGUUUUUAUCACCAUAUAUCUACUAUGAGAGGGUUAUUUUUCCAUAUUUUGCUAGAUUUCAUAGAUUUUAAGUGCCAUUUGCAAUGUUUAAAUUACUUCCUUUGUUGGUCUGACAAUAUUUUACUUUGUUAUGCAUUAAAAAAAAAUCCAUGAAAAUAAGCAUGAAUUUGGAGGCAUGCUGCUUUAAGCAUUUUUUGUGUAUAGAGUUUUUUUCUAGACUUAUGCCAUCUUAGUUUAUGAUAAGGGACAGGCUCCUUUAAUUCUUGUAUUAUUUAUUUUAUAAGAUUUCUAGUGCUGCCAAUGAAUAGAUUUAUCAUUUGUACACGUGUCUACCACUUCAGGGUAUAACUUUUAUAUCAUAUUAACAUGUAUAUACAUGUAUUAUAGUAAUGAUAAUUUUGUAUUAACCAGUAAUGCUGAUUCCUUAACUGGAGUUACCCAGCUUCUAAUUUU